UAUUGUGGUGUAGCCCAGUUUUUACAAAACCUGCAGGGAAAUUUCACAGCUUGAGUUUAGUUGCUUAAGUUGUACAAGGUCUCCCGAAAUGAUGAUACGAGUUGAAUCCAAGAACGCGUUGAUUGAACCAAAUGAAAGUGAGGACUCCUACAAUUCAGGGAAAAUAAAGCACUGGAUCAUAACGUUUAUUCGUCGGUUUGGGGAAAUUCUAGAGUGCCCAGUGUGUUUCAACAAAAUGGAUGUUUCCCUGAAGUUGUGUGUCAACGGACAUGGGACUUGCAGCAAUUGCCGACGGAAUGUGAACAAGUGCCCCACUUGUCGUGGAGAGUUUGUUGAAAUGUCCGGAAACAAAUUUUUGUCACUAGCAAUAGAUCAAAUUAGUGAUUUUUUUUUGUCAAGUGGUCACACUUGUACCCUGAAUGACCCAGAUUGCUUAACUGAUCCCGGAUUGAUAUCAAUGUGGGAAUAUGAAUUUGGACGCCUGGUGUUUGGAUUGCAUACAAUUUUUAAAUGUCCAGGUUGUAACGUGAAGAUGGACAAAAAUCUAGUACUCUGCACCGACGGCCACGCGGAGUGUAGGGAGUGCGCAAGCAAGAAUGAGACUCAAACGUGUCUUACGUGUAAAAAGAAUUUGCUGUUCAAGUUUCACCAGAACACCUUGUUGGCUAAAAUCAUAGAAAGCGAACCUAAACUUUGCCCUAAUGCUGUGGUACAAGGCAAACAUAAAGAAGACUAUAACUGUGAAUACCUACCCACCCAAUGCUUGGUAGCACACUGUGAUUGGAAAGGAUUUGUUAAAAAUCUGCUGAAACAUGUCAAAAAAUGUCAUCCUUUUGGAAAAGGAGAGUGUUUAAACGUCAAACAGAGAGGCUGUUAUUCAUUUGAUUUAGAUGAGUCCAAAGCCUUCUAUACGCCCAUCAUUUUUCAAGACCAGGUCUUCUGGAAAUACUUCCAUAGGGAUGGCACGACAAAAACCAUCACCCAUAAACUUUACUUACCAACAUCCAAGCCACCUUGCAAGUACUACUUGAACAUUACGUUUGAAGAAGGCGACAUCAAAUUUGAGCAAUCCUGUGAAGCUAUACACGGAGAGGAUUGUUAUAACACAAUAUACAAGAAGCUUGCAAACCGUGACAUGGACGUCCAAAGAGGUCUUGUCAUACCAGAUCAUGUAAUAAACACAUUUUCAGUCCCGGGCUUAAGAAAAACAUACUACUACUAUAUGAAGUUAAUAAUUGAGGACAUUGCUUAGGUAGAAUGUUCUAAAAUAUCACAUCCGAAACAAUACCCAUAUGUGACAGCAAAUUUCAUUGAUUUAAAACUGGUGACUUAAUCAAAAUGUGUGUUGCUCAAUUUCUAUGGAUUCUUCAGUAAUACCCUGGUUUCUCGCAAAGAGCAGGUACUUAUUUUUGGAAUCAUUUGUUUUUAAACCUACUUUUUCCGCUUCUCUCAUAAAUAGUUAGGUUAAAGUCUUGAGAUCCUCUCGUUUUUCUGCAAUUACAAAAACAUCAUCUGCAAAGCUAAUAUGUUUAACCUGGUUCCUAUUUUGACACCUAUGUCCCUUUCUGCUACCUUCUGUAGAGCUUUAAUGGAGAUAGAAAAUAGACAAUAGACAAUAAUCUUUAUUGACAUGUUCGUUGAGAACAG